UGCACCAUCACCCAUCCAACCACAAAGGAAUUCUACGACCUACGCGGCCUCUCGCGCUUCCCUGAUGAACAGCAUGCUGUGGAUUGGCAUGCAAACCCGUACGACUAUGGACCUGCCAAAGGUGGUAAUUUCUCAUUGAAUGUCUGCGCGCCCUUGAUACGCAGUACCCAGAAAUUGAGCAAGUCGCAAAAUAUCUCUGCCAUGUAUACCGAUGAAGAUGAGAAGAUGGUCUCACUUGGGCAAACCUCAACGACGCUCAAGUUUAGAGGGAAGAAACUCAUCUUGGAGUAUACUGGCGGCAGUGCGUGUCCCGGUGAUACGUCGUAUAAGCGAUCGACGUUGAUUGUCUUUACGUGUGAUGCAGCGAUGGUCGGUACAGCGAGUGUGAGUUACUUGGGAGAAGUCAAUGACUGUGGGUUUGUGUUUGAGUAUCGCACCUUUCGAGCGUGUGCAACAACACCGGAUGUAUCGAGUGCACUGUCGCCUGGUGUCGUGUUUGCUAUUAUCCUGGGGGUGGCCUUGCUGGUGUAUAUGGUGGGUGGGUGUAUGUACAACCGGACAGUCCUGCACCAAGCUGGAUGGCGACAAGUGCCGCAUGCGGAUCUAUGGCAGUCGAUGGGCGUCUGGAUGCAGGAU